AUGAAGAACACCGUCACGAAUUCAGCUAUUGGAAGAGGCAGAAACUGGAAGAUCUGCGUGAUGAAUGCUGUGAGCAGGACGACAAUUACAUCUACCUUUCAGCGUGCGAUGUUCCGUGUCUCGUCCGUGUCUCGUCCCAUGUUAGGGCUCGGUGACAUGGAGCGACGGGGAGAUGACAUGCUGGGCCUAGGCGUUCAAAGCAAACAGGUUAAGCAGGAACUGAUGAUUUCGAAAACCUUUAGUGUGGGCUUUGAUGGGCGGGACUUUGCAAUGCAGGGCCCGACCACCGCAUGCUCGCCUGAUGCUCGUACGCAUUGCGUCCACAUUGCCUACGACCCCUACACCGUCUUCAUUAACGUCGCUAAUGGCUUCAGUGAAAUUUAA